GCCGGGCCCGGGGUCCCCGUCAGUGCGGCUCUGGCUGUUGUGGAAGGAGGGUGUUUCGCUCACUUCUCUAGAAUCCUACGUCAUCUGUCGACACAUCCUUCGUAGCUGGCUGGUAGUGACUGUCAGAGGUGAAUCUGAAAGAGUAGCCCGGAAAGUUGGCGAGAGGGCCCUCCACCGCCGCUCUUAGAAGGAAAGCGAACCCGUGACUUGUUUGACGAGUCAACACCUGAAUCAUCCCGCCGCUGGGGACAAGCGGGUCUUAUAAGAAGGUGGCCCGAGGACACCAGUCAGGAGAAAAAAGACUGUAGCACCAGGGGGCGGCUCCCCUCGGGACGGGUGUGCAGGCAUAAUAAGCAGGCAGUCAUGAGGUCGUCGGCUGCGAUGCCCCGCAGAAAGAAGCCACAGGCCUCGGCAGUUGUUGUGCUGAGGAAGUACCGGAGGCUCAGGCGUCGACGUCGCCGCUCCCUGCGCCACGAGUACCACAAGCUGCGCUCCUUGCUGCCGGGCGCUCCCAGGUCGCCUCAGCUGCGCCGCAAGGUCGGCGUGGUUGACGCGGCCUACCAUUACAUUUGUCAGCUCCAGUCGGCGUUGCUCGCCAAGUUUUCUGCCAGAGGCGUUCCGGCUGACCUGGCAGGUGUGGUGGGCGGGAAGGUGUCGUCAGCGUCGGACGUGCGAGCCCUUGCGAUACAUCUCAUCCACUCCACCAACAUGACCCCUUCAUUCAUGACGCCAUCGGCCUCCCGCGGACUUUCUCCUUUUCGGCACACUCCCAGCGCAUCUUCCCAGUCUACAUCUUCACUUUCUUCUCGGAUCUCCACAACGCAGUACUUGGCAAGGAAAUCGAACUUUAAAAAUAAGCAUUACGACGGAGAUUCUCGCUAAUGGACUUCGAGCGACAUGAAUCACGAGGCUGAAGGCGAAGGGGCUGAGGACCCCAGGGUUUUCCUCCCCGCCACGCGUAACUGUAGGUUAUGUUGCCCUCCAGGACUUGUUUCCCUAAAUGAAACUCCGAUAUUCCAAAAGUGUGCAUAGGCUCUUAGGUUCUCCUAUAAUCAUUUUCUUUUACGAAAACCCACACACGCACAAGAAAAGUGUCAAUGAAAUGUGGAGAAAAUAUUUAUCUUAAGUGAACCUUUGGAAAGUUUCGUACGAAUACAAGGACCGUGUGAAAUAUGACGGCAUUCCAGGCCUGAGUGGACUGCCAGGAAUGACUAUUGUGCUGCUGCUGAUGUAAUUAUUGUCAUUUGCACAUUACUGUAUAUUACCUGUGUGUUUCCAAGGCACACGUCAAAACAAUACAGCAAAACAGGAGCGCCAAGUUCAUUGCUACAGUGAUGCCUUCAAGCCACUACAGUCCAGCGGCCGCGCAGGUGACGGUGAGGAGGCGCGGGUGGACGCAGUGAGUGAAGGGCAACCAUGAGGCGCGGCGCAGGACGGGUAGUGUGCGGCAACUGUGAUAUUAGUAUAGUUAGGAGCGCUUAGUGUUACCAGAGAAGCUUUAAUGUGGAAAUCAACCUUUCACGGCCUUUCGAAACACCUGCGGAGUUACUACGCGUGGUUGAGCGGCAUGGCAGGGAUAGAGGGUUAAUAAAAUAAAAUGAAUAAAAAAGUAAAUAAUUUUACCCUUCCUCACUCCUCUGCUGAUGGCACAGUGUAAUAUUAUCGUAUAAUUUACCGGAAAAGGUAAUUAUGCGUCAACGUGAGUUGUUGUGGUGGAGGUGCAGCAAGUGUUGAUGGGGGAAGGGAAAAUAAAAGAAGGCUGGUGGUGAUAGUGUUGAUGACAUCAGAGGAAGGAAUGUUAUCAGAUUACUGGUAUGGAGGGUCGAGCAGCGGCAAAUGCAGCAGUAAUUUGUGAGGUCCCCUGGCUGAAGCAUUUACACGAGACGGUGUAGAAACACCUGUAUUAUCAAGAAGUAAAUAUGUUCUAACAGCAGUGCAUUGUGGGGUUCCGCCAUGCCAGCCCAGAAGACGUGAAUAAGGCAGAGGCACCGGGCAGCCUCACCGCCCGUCGACACUAAAUAUAUCACCAUUUACGUGCCCAUGAGCCUUAAACCUUCCCAUUUCUAACACUAUCCGUAUUAAUUAAUGUUAAAGAUAAAAUAUUUGUAUAGUCUUACAAAAUGUAAAACAGAAGAAAUUAAAUAAUGUUACGUAUGACGGUCUGGCAACUCUGUGGCUUUGCAGUCCGGUGGGCGAGAUUGGCUGGCGAGACUCCACCUCAGAAAUAAAGGUCCACAUGCAUUAAUUAUGUACUCAGACACACCUGCAGGUCCGUUGAGAAGAAACUUCAGGAAAGAAUUCAGCAGUCCUGUUCCACCUUGACCACAAAUACAGGGUCGGUGAAAAGAGAAUGUGACAAGUGUGUGCACCGUCCGUCACACACAGCAGCACUGCUUGGAAUGAGUUGCUUCGCUUUGGUACCCGUUUCGAAGCCGUUCAGUACUUGAACGAUACUUUAAAGCAACACAAGACAUAACAGCUGUAGAAACGUUUAAUCUAUCUCUGUCUAUCUAUUUCAUCUAUCAAAGGGUGGCACAGACAAGGCACCACACAUUCACACACACACACCAUUCACAGCCCCAUCGCUCCCGGUGGAAAGGGUCUCGUGGCCCACCUCAACACCAGAAUAAUGAAGAGUUCGACUUUCCUGUGCAGAUUAAUGACGGCUUGAGGAGAGACAAACAUCGUAAUUACUGCAUUGACGGUGCUUUGAAAGAGGCGAGAUUCACGGUGGUGUGGUGGUGAUUCCUAAAAUUAUUGUCUCUAAAACAAUGUUUAUUUCAUUUCUGUUAGAAACUAUUUUUCUAUUUUAUUUAUUCAUUUAUUUAUUUACUUACAUUUUUUUUCUAAAUAUUAUGUGGUCGCUGCAGUUUACUUAAAGGUGUCCAGCCGUGCCCCUGCCCGGGUAAGUAAGGGGGAUUACUGCAGCCAAGUUAUUACGAGAGGUUGCUGACGUAGCUUGAAAUAAUAACCUCAUUGUAGCGAUUCUUGAAAAUUAAACGAAAGCAAAUUAUCUAUACUUCUCUCUCUCUCUCUCUCUCUCUCUCUCUCUCUCUCUCUCUCUCUCUCUCUCUCUCUCUCUCUGUGUGUGUGUGUGUGUGUGUGUGUGUGUGUGUGUUUUAUUUCAGAAAAUGCAAAAAAUACAUAUAUGUAGUUAAACAUUUCCCUGCGUAGACAUACUGACUUCUUGUAGUUAUUAAGCAGUUAAAAAAACAAAAUUAC